AUGGCAUUAGUGGACAAACAUGAACACAGACACUUGCUAAUGGAGGAGAUCACGGAAUAUCGUUCUGAUGAGAAGGAAGUAAAGAUGAAAGAUGGUUUCUAUCCCCUUGGAAGUGGAACGCAACAAAGACGACACACGACAGCAGGAUGGGACUUCUACGUUACUUGGAAAGAUGGUUCCUCAAAUUGGAUACCUUUGAAAGAUAUGAAGGAGUCUUUCCCGAUUAAAGUGGCCGAUUACGCGGUAAGAAAGGGCAUCCAAGACAAACCCGCUUUUGCAUGGUGGAUUCCACACGUUCUUCAAAAGCGAAAGCGAUUCUUUGGUAAAGUAAAAUCAAAGUACUGGGAACGUACGCACAAAUACGGAAUACGUAUCCCAAAAUCGAUCAAAGAAGCUGUCACAAUCAACAAAGCAAAUAGGGACACACCAUGGCAAGACUCAAUUCAAAUGGAGAUGAAAAACAAUCAAGUCGCUUUUGAAGAAUUCGAUAGAGACGUAGAGAAGCUGAUGGGAUACAAAAAGAUCAUGGGACACCUAGUAUUUGAUGUGAAACUAGGGGAAAACUUCCAAAGAAAAGAGAGGUACUGCGCUGAUGGACACAAGACUGAAGCACCCGCAGCAUUGACCUACAGUACGGUAGUGUCCCGUGAUUCAGUUUGGAUACUACUAAUGAUAGCAGCGCUAAACGGAUUAGACUUGCAAUGCACGGAUAUUCAAAACGCAUUCCUCACUGCACCAGCAAUCAAAAAGUGCUACCUGGUAGCAGGACCUGAGUUUGGUGAAGAAGAAGGCAAAGUAUUUAUCAUACGAAGAGCAUUAUAUGGCUUAAAAACUUCAUCCGCAGCAUUCAGAUCACACCUGGCGGAGCCUUUGGAGGAUUUGGGCUUCAGCUCGUCAACUGCCGACCCAGACGUUUGGAUGCGAGCGGCAGUGAAACCUGAUGGCGAGGAAUACUACGAAUACAUCCAUUGCUACGUUGACGACAUCCCAUGUAUGUCGAUGAAAGCCAAAGAAAUGAUAACAACACUCUUUUUAAGAAUACGAUUUCAUCUAAAUUACCAUCUUUAA